CACACACUGAUAUCGCCGCGCUCUAGUUGCGUUGGUUAUUUACACCGUCUACCUACCUACAUCUACCCAUCUAACUCUGUAAACAGAGUGUGUCUAUAUACAUAGCUGGGGAUUGUAGUACCUUAUCUUAUCAUUUUGAAAGCUAGAGUAUUAUGUCACUUGCUUGAUUAAUAAACUACACAUGUACCGAAAUGAAAAACGUUGACGUCCAUAAGUCCACUGUUACGGAUAUCGUAGUGUGGCGAAGUGCUGUCGACCUAUGCUUGUUUGUUUGUUUGUUGUUAACGCCGCACUCAUCAAUAUUACAGCUAUAUGACAGCGGUCUGUAAAUAAUCGAGUCUGGACCAGACAAUCCAGUGAAUGACAUCAUAAGCAUCAUUAAUGUAAGACUACAAACAAUCGAUAAAUAUUAGUUCGAAUUGUUGUAUUUUUAACAUUUAGCAUUUGAAUUUGCAUAACAAGUUAGAAAAGCGUCCAUGUAGACAUACUUUCAUUGGUUCGCUGUUAUCUCUUAUUAUACUUGUAGUGUUGAUACUGGCAGGGGUCAGGUGAUACGCACUGGAGAAAUGUAUGUAAGUCAACAUGGACGCACACUAAAUAUAAUUCAAUUUCAUAAACAUUAUGAUUCAGUAAUGUCGAGUUAUCACGUAGCUGUAUUGUCUGGCGAGAUAUUUACGAUCUGCGAUUGUCCGCUCAAUAUCAUAAUCAAAAACAGCUGUCAGAAUUAUUUCCAAAGCCCAUUGUGCUUGCCUUCAAUGGCCGUUUUCUGGGUCGCAGUAUCAGACAGUAACAGUUUUCCAAUACAGCUUACACACUUCCGCAUAUAGAUGCUGACGUAAUAAAACAGACCUUACAUAGCAACCUGCCAGGGGUGUCGUACGCGUGGUCCAGUCUGACCUUGUUUGGACAGCUAAUUAACAGGCCCCGGCCAGCGGGCAGGCAAGAGGAAUGUCAACAUAUUUAUCAGUGAUCCAACCUUGAGAUUACUACACUCGUUAUUGAACGAGACGCUGCCGAUAGAUGUACGUCAAUGUCUUACAAGGACUCUGUGAUAGACCAGCGAGUGCACUACCUACUCCAGCCUGUUCCCUCACGAUCUUGUCCCUGGCGUUGCUUAUUCGCUCCAGCACAACAGGCUGUACUAUAUACCAGUGGCUGUUCGAGGGUACUGCAUGGAUUGCUGUGAGAUGUUCCUGGAAGUACCAUAGCUGGCAGACACAGGAUGUUGUCAUUCAGCGACCCCGUGACUGUAGGGUUCGUUAUCUUCCUGUGUUGUGUGCUGCUGUUAGCAAUAAUCUGUGCACUUAUAGAAUACUGCCACGUCGUGCAUGACAAAUCUAGAUGCCAUGCCUACAACCCAGUGGCUAAAGUGUGACGUCACUCAAUAGGGACAACAGAUCAAGUGACGUCAGUCAGACAGAUACCCAACGUCUGCAUCAGAUCAGACAGUGUGACACUGUGUCCGAGAGCGUCUACCAGGAGUCAAUGACAGAUCAAGUGACGUCAGUCAGACAGAUACUCGAAGUCUGCAACAGACAGACAGUGUGCCAUUGUGUCCGAGAGCGUCUAUUCGGCAUCCAUGGCAGAUCUGAAGGCCGGCCUGCACGUUCAAGACAAUGGAGUGACGUCGCCAGGCAGUUUGUGUUAACGUUUGUCACACUGGCGUUCUAAGUGGACAACAUGUGGUGUGUUGUGCUUUACCUUCUUAAAACUGACUUCACAAGAAAGAAGCCCGUCAAUGUCCGGAUGAUACCGGAUUGGAAGAAGUGAUCUCGUGAUCAAUGGAAUCAAGCCACGUCGUGAUGUGUACACCAGCACAAGGACAAAUUACGGCACACGGCUCAGCCGUACACUUCUCUGAGUUUGAGGCAGACUUUGAGGAUGUGAAAUUCGUACUACUGCCUUGAGGCACAAUGAUUACAUAUGCAAAAUGUGGUUGCAUUUUGGUUGCACUUCUUGCACCUGUAUAUUGAUUGUUUUGUAUAUAUUAAUGAAAACUAAACAAACUCAUGCAUUGUAACAGAUGUUCCUACAGAGAAAAUAAAUCAAUGCAUGCUACGUUUUAUGACUGACUGAAAUGUACAUGACAUAUAUUUUAUA